GUUUCCCAAUCAGUCACCCUACAACAUUGAAGUUACAUUUACGUGUAGUUACAGAAUCGGAACAUUUAAAACGGGGAAAAAGAUGUGAAGUUCUGUGAAAUUGCUAAGUUAAAUGUUAAAAUGAGUGUGAAUAAAACUAUCGAUUACACCCAAUACCAGAAAGUUCCAAGUGAUUCACAAUUCGAAUUGAAUUCCAACAAAUUUAUGUCGUCAAAUGCAGAGGAAAGUACAUAUGAUGCAGAAAUGUUGCCCUCUACUUUGGAAUCGUCAGUGUAUGCUGCCAAUGAAGUAGCAGCUCGUUUACGCGUCGACACACGUACCGGUCUAACAUGGUCCGAGGCAAACUAUCGAACAAAAAUCGUUGGCCAUAAUGAGCUGAAUGUGAAAGAGGACGAUCCGACAUGGAAGAAAUACGCACAACAGUUUCAAAACCCCUUGAUAUUGUUGCUGCUAGGCUCUGCCGUGGUUAGUAUAUUUAUGAAGCAAUACGACGAUGCAGUUAGCAUCACAAUUGCCAUCAUCAUCGUUGUGACAGUGGCAUUUAUCCAAGAGUAUCGUUCGGAGAAGAGCUUGGAGGAACUGAAGAAGCUCGUUCCACCGGAAUGUCGAUGCUUGCGCGAAGGACGAAUCGAAUCAUUUUUGGCUCGUGAAUUGGUACCCGGUGACAUCGUUCACUUGAAUGUCGGCGAUCGUGUUCCGGCUGAUUGUCGCCUGUACGAAACGAUUGAUUUGUCAAUUGAUGAGUCGAGUUUUACUGGCGAAACUGAACCGGCUAAGAAAACAGCAGACAUCGUGUUCAAUACCGGCAACAGUAAGGAUCACACGAAAAUGAAAAACAUUGCGUUUAUGGGAACGUUGGUGCGUUGUGGCAAUGGCAAGGGGAUCGUUGUCAGCACCGGUGAACGCAGCGAAUUCGGUGAAGUUUUCAAAAUGAUGCAAGCCGAAGAGGCACCAAAAACCCCGCUACAAAAAUCGAUGGACAUACUCGGAGCCCAGCUGAGCUUUUACUCGUUUUGCAUCAUCGGAAUUAUUAUGUUCCUGGGGUGGAUUCAGUCGAGAGCGCUUGUCGAAAUGUUUACAAUCGGUGUUAGUUUGGCGGUUGCAGCUAUUCCAGAAGGAUUACCAAUUGUUGUGACCGUUACGUUAGCCUUAGGUGUGAUGAGAAUGGCAAAGCGUAAUUGUAUUGUUAAAAAGUUGCCCACGGUCGAGACUUUGGGAUGUGUGAAUGUGAUUUGUAGCGAUAAAACUGGAACAAUAACUAAGAAUGAGAUGACAGUGACUGUGAUAAUAACAUCCGAUGGCUACAUGGCUGAUGUUAGUGGAGCCGGCUACAAUGACCAAGGUGAAAUUUACAUUCGCGAUUGUAAUAGUCAAGACAUGGCCAAACAAAGCAUUCAGAAUUUGUUGGAAAUUGGCGCCGUUUGCAACAAUGCAAUCAUCCAGGACGAAGCUUUGUUGGGCCAACCGACUGAGGGUGCACUAUUAGCUGCUGCAAUGAAAUGUGGACUGUAUGCUGCAGCCGACCAGUAUAUCCGCUUGCAAGAGUACCCGUUCAGUUCGGAGCAAAAGAUCAUGGCGGUAAAGGUUGUGUCGAAGUACAGUAACAAUAAGGAGGAAAUGUUCUAUGUGAAGGGUGCACUCGAAAUGCUCUUGCCGCAAUGUACCAAAUACAUGUACGGCGGACAGAUCUGUAAUUUAUCCAAACAGAAUGAGGCUGACUUUUUGACCGAAUCCUACGAGAUUGCUCGUAAAGGCAUGAGAGUUUUGGCAUUGGCUAAGGGAAAAUCUCUUCAGGAUCUGGUGUACAUGGGAAUAGUCGGUAUAACUGAUCCGCCGCGACCGUUGGUUCGUGAAUCAAUUGAAAUUCUGCGACAGAGCGGAGUUCGCGUUAAAAUGGUAACCGGAGAUUCUCAAGAGACUGCUGUUGCUGUGGCGAAUCUGAUCGGACUUGACACCGUUCAUCAUCAGGUAUUAUCCGGACCCGAAUUGGAUCAAAUGAACGAAGUUCAAUUGGAAAAGGUCAUCAACAAUGUGAGCAUAUUCUGUCGCGUUACACCCAAACAUAAGGUUACCAUCGUCAAGGCUCUUCAACGAACUGGUAAUAUUGUGGGUAUGACUGGCGACGGUGUUAACGAUGGUGUGGCGUUGAAACGAGCCGAUAUUGGAAUUGCAAUGGGUAAAAACGGAACAGAUGUCUGCAAGGAAGCGGCUGACAUGAUUUUGGUUAAUGACGACUUUCACACAAUAAUCUCGGCAAUCGAAGAGGGUAAAUCGAUUUUCUACAACAUUCGGAAUUUUGUGCGAUUUCAAUUGAGUACAUCGAUAGCGGCACUAUCAUUGAUUGCUCUCAGUACUCUGAUGGGCAUACCAAAUCCGUUAAACGCCAUGCAAAUUCUGUGGAUAAAUAUCAUCAUGGACGGUCCACCAGCUCAAUCGCUUGGUGUUGAAGCCGUCGACCAAGAUGUGCUGAAACAGAAACCCCGCAACGUUAAGCAACCAAUGAUAACGCGAGCAGUCAUCAUCAACGUACUCCUAUCGGCGAGUAUCAUAAUCCUGGGCACACUGUGGGUAUUCCAACGGGAAAUGGCUGACGGAUCGCUGGGCAAAACGAAACGUGACACCACAAUGACAUUCACCUGUUUCGUAUUCUUUGACAUGUUCAACGCAUUGAGCUGUCGAUCGCAGACGAAAUCGAUUUUCAAAAUCGGUUUUUUCACCAAUAAAAUGUUCCUGCUGGCUGUUGCAUUUUCGGUAAUCGGUCAGUUGUUGGUCAUAUAUUUUCCGCCGUUGCAAAUGGUUUUUCAAACGGAAGCAUUGACGGGAAUGGAUUUGCUAUUUUUGGUGUCGCUCACGUCAACAGUAUUCAUCGUUUCCGAACUGAAGAAGUGGUUCGAACGAACCAUAGAGCAGCGAAUGCAUAAAACUAAAUCCGAACUGGACUUUGUAUGACACACAGCGAAGGUAAAACGUGCACGUAAGGAUCAUUAAGCGUUUUGUUCUUUUGUCAAUUUCUUUACAUUUUUUUCUUUUAAAUUUUAAUUUUGAUUAAUUUUUUUACUCUGCAAUUGCUUGUUUGUCCGAAUGUACAAUAGCGGACGAAGAAAAGUUGUUUGUACGAAUAUUUUUGUUUUGUUUUUUGAUUAUUUUUUUUUUAUAAAUUUAAGGCACUAGUUACUUCAGAAACAAUUAGGCAACUCGCUUUAAUUUUACUUACACAUACUACUGAAUUGAACAUGAUUUUUUGUGGCUGUUUGACGAUGUUUUACUAUCGAAUAAAUUGAAACUGAAAUGUAAACGAUUCGUGAAGUGUCGAUGGGUAGCGGAUAAGUUUUCUAGUUGUCGUCCACUCUAUAUUUUAUAAUCCAUUCAAAGUACUGAGUUUGAAGGGAUAUGCCUUGAUUUCUGGUCGGUUGCAUGUGACUUUAUGACAAAACUCAGUAAAAACAUCUUAAUCAGAAUCUUUGUGUGAAUCUCAAAAUGAGACAAGUCGUGUCAAAUUGUGAUUUUUAUUUUCUUGAUUGUAGAGCAUAGGUUACGCCUUCGACGAUUGGAGGCCGGUUUCGUUUUAACUUAUUUUUAACUUAUACUAAGCUAUGUCAUAGCUGUUAUGAUUUGACGUCACAGUCAACAGUCGUCUGUAAGUUCUUUGCAUCACAAAAGAGUAACUGAAGUCCUCGGCAAUUGGCAUCAACUUCUGUAAAAAAGGUUUAUCAAACUAAUAUCCGUCGAAACUUUGAUAAAUCCAGAGAUAUCACUGGUUGUUCCAGCAAUGCUGCUGCAGAUAUCAUACCGAUUAUUCUAAAUUUUAAUAGUCCGUAACACCACGCGGAUCAGUGACACCAAGUUAAUCCUUGACACCACGUGCAUCCGUCACAUCAUGUGCAUCCGUGACACCACGUGCAUCCGUGACACCAUGUGCAAAUUAGUACCUUAAAGUCACGGUUUAAUAGAACCUUUUACCACUUAGUACGGAAACGUUAUCGGUACUUUUGUUUUUGAGCUAACGUAUCUCCGUCAGCUGACAUUGUGCAACAAUGAAAUCGACAUCGUUCUGCUGGUAACAUUUUCCCAAGAUCCACUUCAAUGUUAUGAGUUAGCACCUCUUUUUUUUAGAGUUACACUCAGCAUGGUGUCGCUGUUUAAAAUUGUUGCAAACGCAAACAUAAGAUUUAUUCCUAACAAAUCGUCAAAGAACCAUAAAAAAUACUUAUUGAACAUCUACACCGUAUUGACCGAUGCAUAUUGUUUUUGUUCGCUUUAUUUUUGCUGAACUAAUAGGAAACAAUUUUAGUGUUUUGUUGGUUUUGUUUAAAAUAAAAAUCGUUCAACAUAAAACAUUUUUAUACAAGAAACAAUAAAUUCUGUGCCUAAGUGAUAUUUGCUAUUGGGGUAAAAAAAUAUUUUUAUCGUAUUGACCAAGGAAAGAAAAUAAUUUUUUAGUUUUUCUUAAUUGCUACAGAAAAAGAAAAUAGAAAAAUUUCGUUUUCAGUGUUUUGUUUUAGGUUUCAAAUUAAGAUGACUUUUCGUUAACUUAAAAAAAUUUGAUGUAGUAAGACCAUAAAUUAUUAUCAAGAUAUUUAUGCAUAAUGCGUAUGUGUUUUAAGCAAGUAUAUUUAAACAGCAACAUAACAAUUGAAUGUCGUAAACAUAAAGAUAGCAUUAUCCAACCCCCUCUAGAAAGGAGAGGGGAAAACAAAAAUCCUCUGUAAUUUACAUAAUGUAUUGCGCUAUUUUCUGUUAAUUAAUUAUUUUUUAAAUUUGUACAAUGAAAAUGUUUGUGAGGUGUGAAGAAAACAACAAUUGUGAUAUAAUUUUAAGUUGACCUUUUUAGUAAAUUCUUUCGAAUUUUGUUUUGUUUUUAAUUUUAUUUUUCUUUUAGCAAUUUAUUUCAUUUUUUCGUACAGUCCAUUAAUGUCACGUUUUGCCAAGAGAGAAAAAAGAAGCGGAAAUUUUGCGUUAAUGAAUGGGAGCGAUUGGUUUUUUUUGUGUGAAUUCAAUUUCGACACAUUUCUAGAAUAAAUUGGUCUGCAUAGACCUUUGUCUGAUUACCAUUUCAUGUGGUAAAGAAUGGAGAAUGGACUAUUGAAAAAAGAAUCUACAAAGCGUCCGUUUCGCUUAUAUGAAUUGUUCUCACUUUAGAAAGGCUGAGUAAAUGUCCGGAAAACAAGAAGUUGAAGAAAAUAUUUUCUCAAUCAGAUUUAUCGUUUCAUCGUUUAUUAUAUUUAGUGUUGUCGAUAGCAGAUGACUAUAGAAGUUUCUAUUAAUUUAAGCGAACUGAAGCGGUAGCUAAAAUAAAUUUUUACCGGCCCCAGCUGCACGAAAAAAGCAAACGGCCUUUUGGCUCCAAUGGAUCUCCCACUAUGGCCACUCCGGGCCGGAAUAUGAGUUUACAAACAUCUAAUAGAAAUGUUGUCGAAAUUGAAUGCAGUGUAUCAAUCGGUCGACGUUUCAAAUUUGUGAUUAUGGUUGAACGGUGCUAGAAUAAUUAACCAGAAUCAACCAUGACCAAUUAAAAAAAAAUGAAGAU